AUGUCAAGAAAUUUAUCAAAUUUUAUAAAAAUGUUUUUAUCGUGUUUGUAUGGACAUAUACGUAAUUUAACGUAUUUAAUAUUAACAAUAAUGGUAUUAUUUUAUUGUCUGAAUCCUAAUCGAUUUGCAUCUCAUUAUAGUUUUAUAAAAGCUCAAGAUAUUUAUAACCACCUUGAAAAAUCAUACGAACCGCGUGAUAAUUCAUGCACAAUAGCAGUGUAUUCUAACAACAACAAUAAUAAUAAUAAUAAUAAUAAUAAUAAUAAUAAUAAUAAUAAUAAUGAUAAAUCAGAAUUAUGGUAUCCAGAAGAAAAUGAUCGUCAAGAUCCAGUGGUGAUGGCACGUCGUCUUGGAAUUUUACCUGGCGGACAAUGGAAACCACUUAAUUGUCAUCCAUUGUUUAAUGUUGCUAUUAUAUUACCAUAUCGUAAUCGUAAACAGCAAUUAGAUAUUUUUAUGAAUUAUAUUCAUCCAUUUUUACAGCAACAAAAUUUAGAUUAUAGAAUAUUUGUUAUUGAACAAAGUCCAUUAACUGAAUUUAAUCGUGCUAAAUUAUUUAAUGUUGGUUUUAAAGAAGCUACUAAAAUAAAUGAUUUUCAUUGUUUUAUAUUUCAAGAUAUUGACUUGAUACCACAAAAUCCAAAUAAUAUAUAUGCUUGUACUAAAAUGCCACGACAUAUGAGCUCAAGUGUUAAUACAUUUAGAUACAAUCUACCGUACACUGGUUUAUUUGGUGGUGCUAUUUCAUUAACACGAAAACAAUUUGAAAAAGUCAAUGGAUUUUCAAAUAUUUUUUACGGAUGGGGAGGUGAAGAUGAUGAUUUUUACAGACGUUUACAAUCAAGAGGUUUUAAGAUUAUGCGAUUUGGACCCAAUAUUGCACAAUACUACAUGUUAACACAUAAAAAGGAACCACCUAGUAAUUCUCGAUUUGCUAAUUUGGAAAAUGCUGCUAAAAGAUAUGAUUCUGAUGGACUUAAUAAUUUAGAAUAUACGGUAUUAGAUCAUCAAUUACGUCCACUUUAUUCAUGGAUAUUGGCAGAUGUAUAA